AUUUUGGUAUCUUGGUUAUCUUCUCUCACACAGUUACCCAGCUUUUCUGGUUGAUUGUUUAAUUUCUCUGAAAACGGGAAAGUGAAAUAAAUAUGAAAAUAAACCGACCAUUUUGGGAAAAUGGGAUAGAAGCAGGAGCUGUAAGUGGCACCACGUGCAAUGUUAUAAAUGGUCAGUCUUGGUUCAACGAGCUAAAUCAGACAAUUUCUUCGAUACACGUGUCCUUUAUUAUUCUUUUUCUUUUAAAUAUUUAGAGGGACACAUACUUAUCUUUUAAGCCCCAUACUUUUUAUUCACGUAUAAAAAGGAAAGAGUUAUUAGCAUGCGGUUUACGGAAGAUUUUGUGUUAAAAGUUGAAGAAGAAAUAAAAAUGGAAGAUAUUGUUAUAGAAAAUGAGACUUUCAUUAGGCCUUCUAAGAUUGAAGUUAGAGGUAGAGAUGAAGGACCUAACCACGAGGACGAGCAAGAGAAGGAGAAGAGGCAGAAACUCGAAGGUGGCGGCGGUGGCGGUGGCGGUGGUGGGUUAUUAGAUAAUCUUUUGUCUAAGUUAACUUCUCCUAGGCCUACUACUGAGGGUAAUGAAGAUCAUGCCUUUGAGGUUAAUAAUGAUCAUCAUGAGAACGGAAAUGCUCGUGUUCGUGGUGAUAGUGAAGCUGGUGGUGAUGGAGAAGGCGGAGGUGAAGGCGGAGGUGGUGGUGUGAUUAAUAAUUUCAUAUCGAAUCUGUUUCGUAAAAGUAGUGAGGAUGAGAGUGAAGAUGUGAAGAAUGAUGGUGGUGAAGAGAGAUUGGAGGGUAGAAAUGAGGAGAAAGAGGUGAUUAAGAAGGUUGAUGAAGAGAGUGAAGUUGGCAAUAUUCAUAGUAAUGGUGGAAGCCUAAUCUCUAAUCUUGUUCAAGAUGUUGCGGCUCCAGAAGGGGAUGAAGCAUCCAUUCUAAUUCAAUCCAUUGUUCAUGACUAAUUUUAGAUUCUCUGUUUUUCCCUUAGCAAUCUUAAUUUAGUUUUGCUUAGUGUUCUAAUCUUUCAUUGGUUAAUGUUAUGGGAUUUUAGAUUAUUUAAUGCUCUAAAGUGUAAGAAGAUUGGGUUAUUGUUUCCUCAAGAAAAGAUAGGGUUAUAGUUCUUUUACUACGCAUAUAUCACGUCCAAGGAAGGUUGUAAUAGAAUUCAUUGCGAUUUGCAAAUGUGAUUAAUGUAACCUUGUAUUGACCACUUAAUUUAGGCUAUAUUCUAUUCGGUUUUUUUUUUUUAUUUUUUUUUCUGAACUUAUGUAUUUGUAAUGGUUUUAAUCAUUUGAAUUAUUGAAACUCAUCUGUACUAAUUUUGUUUGAAUAUGUCAAAAUAAGUUGAACAUAAUAAGGCCUUGUUCAUGACAAGGGAAGAAUCAAGCUAAAGCUUUUUGUUAAAGGAAAAUAUAUAUAUUUUUUUAAAGAAAAAAAAAAUCCUAUGUCUGAUUGGG